CCAAAAAUGAAAGUAACCUCCCUAAAAAUAAAAGAAAAAGGAAAGUUGCACAAAGAGUGGAAGAAAGAAAAAGAGUUUUCAGCAUCUGCUCAUUGACCUUCAUCUUUCUUUCUCAAUUCUCAUCCUUUUCUUCCUCCAUUUUACACUCUUCACAGAAAAACAAAACAAACACACCAGAAUUUCGUAUUUGAUAAUAAGAAGGAUCCAUGAUUAACCCAUGAAUCUUUGUUAAAAACCCAUUAAAUAAACCCAAUUUAUUUUCUGCAAAAUUAAAUUAAUUGUGGGCAUGGAAACUCCACCAGCAGAAGAGCUACUGAAGAAGAUCCAAGACCUAGAAGCAGGGCAUGCCCAUUUACGAGAAGAGAUGUCCAAAUUGAUGUUAUCUGGUGGUGUCCGGCAUAGGAGAGCUCACUCUGUGUCCCCACAACGUUCUAGGUUGCCGGCGCCGGUUCCGCCUAAUCAUCGUCGGAGUAACGAGUGGAGAACUGGUUCCACUUCAUUUGGGCAUUCUACAUCUUCGCCUUUACAGAGAGAGAGUCGGUGCUCCGAUGACCCGCCCCCGCAACCUAUUAGUAACAGAGCUGGGGCUUCUAAUGAGUUCAAAAAGCUGACGGAGCGACAGUGUUUGAAUAUCUUGCAGUCUAUGGGACAAGCAAUUCAUAUUUUUGACCUCAAUAAUCUCGUCAUCUACUGGAAUCGCUCAGCUGAAAGCCUUUAUGGCUAUUCUGCAGCAGAAGCUCUUGGUAAGGAUAUCUGUGCUCUAAUAGUAGAUGGUCGGGAUAUUUCUGUCGCCGAUAAUAUUAUUAAUCGUGUAAGACUAGGAGAGAGUUGGACAGGGCAGUUCCCUGUUAGAGAUAAGAAGGGACACAAGUUUUUAGUUGUUGCAACCAACACUCCGUUCCAUGAUGAUGAUGGAACUCUCAUUGGGGUCAUUUGUGUAUCAAGUGAUACAAAACUAUUUAUGGAAAAACAAGUCUCAAUUUCAGAAGCAAACGAACAAGAGGCUGGUCAAAGUUCUGGUGAACCCAAAAUUAGUGUUAAAACCAGGCUUGGCCUUGAUAGUGAGCAACCUCUGCAAAAUGCUAUUGCUUCAAAGCUAACAAACUUGGCUUCAAAGGUCAGUGACAAAGUUCGAUCUAAAAUAAAGACGGGAGAGAAUAAUGUACCUAGAGAAGAUGGGAGUGGAGAUAGUCGUCUGUCUGAUCAUGGUUUAUCUGAUGCAACAUUCUCAGAUCCUAAAGAGGAUGGAAAUUCCAGCGGAGCAAGUACACCUAGAGGAGAUCCAGUUGGCAUGGCUCUUGGUGUAUUCUCUCAGUUUGCUGCUGGUAAGUCCCCUGUCAAAACACAUAGAGAUUCUAGUGAUGAAAGUGAAGGGAAAACUGCUAUUCACAAAAUCAUAUCUUCGAAAGCUGAGGCUUGGAUUAAUAAGAAAGGGAUGCAAUGGCCAUGGAAAGGAAAUGGUCAGGAAACAUCAGAUGCCAAGAGUGGCCAAUUUGGCGGGCAAUGGGUUCACAGUGAACAGGAUUCCGACCGUCCAUAUCCUGCUGUGAAAUCAGAAAGCCAGGCUGGAGACUUUAAUCGUCCUGCUACAAAUGAGGCCUCUGGGUCCUGGUCAUCAUUUAAUGUUAACAGCACUAGCAGUGCGAGCAGCUGUGGAAGUGGAAGCAGCAGUGUUGUAAAUAAGUUGGAUGUUGAUACUGAUUGCUUAGACUAUGAAAUCUUGUGGGAGGAUUUGACAAUUGGAGAGCAAAUAGGACAAGGUUCCUGUGGAACUGUAUAUCACGGUCUCUGGUAUGGAUCGGAUGUUGCUAUUAAAGUUUUCUCGAAGCAAGAAUAUUCUGAAGACGUCAUACUUUCAUUCAGACAAGAGGUGUGUCUCAUGAAGCGACUUCGGCACCCUAACAUUUUGUUAUUUAUGGGUGCGGUAACUUCACCUCAGCGUCUCUGCAUUGUUACAGAAUUUCUUCCACGAGGAAGCUUGUUCCGCCUACUGCAAAGAAGUACUGGCAAACUAGAUUGGAGGCGGAGGAUUCAUAUGGCUUUGGACAUAGCACGAGGAAUGAACUAUCUACAUAACUGCAACCCACCCAUUAUUCAUCGUGAUUUGAAGACGUCCAAUCUUCUGGUUGAUAAGAACUGGAUGGUGAAGGUUGCUGAUUUUGGUCUUUCACGUGUAAAACAUGAUACUUACCUCACUACAAGGACUGGGAAAGGAACACCUCAAUGGAUGGCACCUGAGGUCCUUCGCAAUGAACGAUCAGAUGAAAAGUCUGAUAUAUAUAGCUUUGGGGUUAUACUAUGGGAGCUUGCCACUCAGAAGAUUCCUUGGGAACAUCUCAAUGCAAUGCAGGUAAUUGGAGCAGUUGGGUUCAUGAAUCAAAGGUUGGAUAUACCAGAAGAUGUGGAUUCAAGGUGGGCUUCCAUAAUUGAAAGCUGCUGGAACAGUGAUCCUCAAAGCCGGCCUACAUUCCAUGAACUUCUUGAAAAGUUGAAGGAUUUACAGAGACAAUAUGCAAUUCAAUUCCAGGCUGCAAAAGCUAGUUCUGCAGAUGUAUCAAAAGAACCGUGACUCCCAAGUGUUUCCAACAUCGACUUUUUAGAUGAUUGUAUGAUUCUUUUUGCUGGUGUCUCAUCAGAAAGGGUUUGAUAGUCACCUGAAUGCACCCAUUUCCAUGAAUAGCCUCUUGAAUUUGCGUCCUAGAAUGAUCACAUCCUGCGUAAAAAGCUGAAAGAUAUACUUGUUCGAAACGGCUGCAGGAUCGGUUAAAUGGUUCUGGUUCAAAUUGAAUUGUAAUCUUCACCUUCAUAAUGGUGAUUGAUAUUCUUACAGUUUUGUAAUUGUGAGUGAAACAGGUAGGGAUGGAUGUAUUGAUUGACAUUUUCCAAUAUGUGCAAGCAUUUUUAAUGCAUGUAACUGUACAAAAUUGUUUUUUGUAUUGUAAUUGUAAAUAUGUGUACACCACACUCAGUAGUCAGUACUAGUGCCUACUGCCUAGCAAUUCAUUUAUACAUCAUACUCUGUUUUGGGUUUGCCUUUU